AUGUGGUUUGCACCGCUGUUGUCGCUGACGUGGUUACUUGGCGUUACUGCGACGAUAUUAGAAAAUGGUCAGGAGAGAUUGAAUCCGUAUCCGGGGCAGGCUUCGAAAGUUUCUAUUGAUGAUUCUUGGAGGAGAUAUGAUACCGACGCGUCGGAGAUCUCGUAUAAGGGGCGGUGGGAUAGUGGGUAUACAUCUUGGUGGUCUGUUCCAGGUGUUAAGGUUGGAUUCACUGGGGAUAAGCUCGCGUUGAAAUUUGGCGAGAACACGUCUCAGAAUGUGCUCGUUGCUUAUCGGGUCGGUGGGCUUGAUUGGGAGUUCUCGAAUGUUACGGCCAACUCGGCGUACCAGUUUGUCAAGCCCGGAUCGCCGGCGCUGAAUGGGACGGAGUAUGGGGAUGAUAAGACUCACGAACUGGGGCUAUGGAUAAGUUUUACCCUGUCCAUUAGAUGUCCCCUGCUCACUGUUCGCACCGUCCAGAUUGACGGCGUGUCAGUUGCUUCCGAUGCGCGGCUUGUCAAAGCGCCGGAGUUUAAUAAGACAGUUGAGAUAAUUGGGGAUUCGCUGGCCUCGGGGCAAUAUGCUACUUACGAGGGUCUCGCUUCCUGGGGCUUCGACUUUGCAGCUGGUUUGGGUAAUGUUGAGUACACGAUCACAGCGUAUCCGGGGAUUUGUCUGGUAGACAAAAAAUGCUAUGGGGGUGACGCUCGUGGCAUGACAUAUCAAUGGUCCCGCGCGUCAGACGUCGGCGAUCGUGCAAAAGCAGCAUUUGGUGACGAACCUGAAUCAUGGAAUUUCACAGCCCAUCGCGCGGCCGACCUGGUGAUCAUUAACCUCGGCACGAAUGACGGGAACGCCAAGAACAACAUCCCCAGCGACGAUUACUAUCAAAGCUACGUCAAGAUGAUCGAGGAAGUGCACCGCGUUUGGCCUAAGGCGCAGAUUGUCCUUAUGUCUCUUUGGGGCGAUUUCACCAAGUCCGGGUCAACAUGGGUGCAACAACCUCUCUACGUAUCGGAGGUAAAGAAAGUAUAUGAGCACUUCAAGAAAGACGGAUACGUGCACUACUUCGACACGAAGGGUAUUCGGCAGCACAACGAUAUCUCGCCGGGCGGGCAUCCAACCGACGUGGGCCAUCUUAAGGUCGCGAGCCAUCUCAUGCAGUGGACAAAAAUUAAGCUCGGUUGGGAGUUCGGAGCUACGGGAGCGGAGGUGCAACAUGACACCACCUAUUGGAAUAACCAAGAGAGCUACAAACGGUCCGUCUCCUAUGGUUUUCAAUGUAAUCUAUGA